CCGCGGUGUUUCCAUGACGACGACGUCGGGGAUCCGGGUGGGGUCGGCCUGGGCGCAUGCGCGCGCGUGCGGGUCGCGGUGCGUCUUCCCGUGUCGCCCGCGCUGCUGGUCGCGGUUCCGUGAACCGCGGUAAGGGUCGGGUGGGGUCCGCGAGGCCCGGGGAAGGCUGGGACCGAGUUAAGCAGACCCGAGUUCGCGGGACGCGGCGGCCCCGGGCUCCCUCGGCCAUGGCCCCCGCGUCCAGGUCCUUGCUGUCGCCGCCGACUUUGCUGCUGCUGCUGCUGUUGCUGCUGAGCUUGGCGCUGCUGGGCGCCCGCGCCGAGCCCGCCGCCGGGAGCGCUGUCCCCGCGCAGAGCCGUCCGUGUGUGGACUGCCACGCGUUUGAAUUCAUGCAGCGCGCCCUUCAGGACCUGCGGAAAACGGCCUACAGCCUGGACGCGCGGACGGAGACCCUUCUGCUGCAGGCUGAGCGCCGGGCUCUGUGUGCCUGCUGGCCAGCUGGACGCUGAAGAUCCUUGGCCAGUGAUGUUCCCUGUCAAUAAAUGCCUGCUAGCAU